CCCACUUGGGUCAAACAGGUAACAAGAGGCUGCUUUUGUCUUUCUAACAUCCAUCAAUAAUAACCUUAUGGAUCCACAGGGGGCAUUUUAUUCAUGGGGCAAAGAAAGUGUGAGCCUGAGCAGUUUCUUUCUCCAAGAUGUCGUCUUUGUGGUGGUCCGUUGCGUUUCUUCCUCUCUGGGCUCUCCUCCCAGUUACAGCCGGGCUGCCGUGCGCGGCGCAGAGUUUCGGCUGGACCUCCGCGGUCUGCGUGUGCAACGCCACGUACUGUGACACCAUGGAGCCCGUGGUGGUGCCCGCCAAGGGUCGCUACCUACUGUACGAGACCAGCAGGGCCGGGAAACGACUCCAACUCACGAGGGGGCUGGUCCAGCCCAGCGCCAAAGGCCAAGACUUGCAGCUGACUCUGGACGUGAGGAAGAAACACCAGUGGAUAAAGGGAUUUGGGGGCGCCAUGACCGAUGCCGCCGCCAUCAACAUCCUCUCCCUCUCUCCGGCUUCACGAGAAAACCUCCUCAAGUCCUACUUUGGUGACGAAGGGAUCGGGUACAACGUGAUCCGUGUGCCGAUGGCCAGCUGCGACUUCUCCACACGCGUGUACACGUAUGAUGAUCAUCCCGGCGACCUGGGUCUGAAGCACUUCAGCCUGGCUGAGGAGGACACGAAAAUGAAGAUCCCGCUCAUCCAGGCGGCCAUCAGGUUGUCCCGGCGUCCCGUAUCGCUGUUCGCCAGCCCCUGGACCUCUCCGGCCUGGAUGAAGACCAGCAACUCCACCAUCGGGAAGGGCACGCUGAGAGGCAGCCCGGGCGGCCCCUACUACAAGGCCUGGGCCAACUACUUCAUCCGCUUCCUGGACGAGUAUUCCCGCCACAACCUGACCUUCUGGGCGGUGACGGCAGAGAAUGAGCCGUCGGCGGGCAUGUUCACUGGCUACCACUUCCAGUGCCUGGGCUUCACGCCGGAGCUGCAGAGGGACUUCAUCGCACGGGACCUGGGCCCGGCCCUGCGCAGUGGGCCCCACCGCAGUGUGCGGCUCCUCAUGCUCGACGACCAGCGCCUCCUGCUGCCCCACUGGGCCUCCGUGGUGCUGGGAGACCCGCAGGCCGCUCGCUACGUGGACGGGAUCGCGGUGCACUGGUACCUGGACGCCAUGACGCCUGCGGACAAGACCCUGGGCACCACCCAUGCCCGCUUCCCGGAGUACUUCAUGUUCGCCACGGAGGCCUGCACGGGCAGCAUGCCCUGGGAUCACUUGGUGCAGCUGGGCAGCUGGGAGCGAGGUGCCAUGUACAGUCACGACAUCAUCCAGGACCUGAACUACUUUGUCACGGGUUGGACCGACUGGAACAUGGCCCUGGACCUGGAGGGGGGGCCGAACUGGGUGAAGAACUUUGCCGACAGCCCGGUGAUUGUUGACCGGAAGAAGGACUUGUUCUACAAGCAGCCCAUGUUUUACCACAUGGCCCACUUCAGUAAGUUUGUCCCGGAAGGUUCCCGGCGAGUGGGGCUGGAUGCGAGUGAGGAGACGGGGCUGGAGACGGUGGCCGUCCUGCAGCCCGACGGGACGGCCGUCCUCACCGUGCUGAACUGGACCCCCAAGAACAUUGACUUCUGGAUCCGGGACCCCGAGGUCGGUUUCAUCCACGGCCACUCCCCUGCCGACUCCAUCCAGUCCUACCUGUGGAAACGCAAGUGAACGAACCGUCCUCCUCCGCUGCCG